CAGUAUGCCCACCUGACAGACCUUACUUUGAUGAAGAAAUUAUGGAAUGUGUGCCAUCCUGCUGUUAUGAUAGCAGAGGCAGGAAUUACUUGUUCCAUCAACUGAUGCCAAGUGAGCCUAAGGAUGCUAAAUGCACUGUCUGCAUGUGCACCAGACAAGGAAGACAAUGCUUCCCUGAUCAAAGUAAAGGUUGUUGCGAGUACGAUAAGACAAUGUUUACAACAGCACAACCAAUUUAUAGCACACCUGAUAGACUGGGAGGAUGUAAUUAUGCCAGAUGUGAGAAUGGAACAAUUGUAAGAUACAGUACAGAUACUCCUUGCACACAUACUACUACUAUUCCAGUGACCACAAGUAUUACUACUACAUCAACAUCCACCAGCACACCAGAGUGUCAUUACUGUAAGUCAACUGAAUGGAUUGAUGUAAACUCUCCAGAACAUGACAUAACCGGAGAUAUUGAAUCAUUUGAAAACAUCAGAAACCAUAGUAUUCCAAUCUGUGAGAGUCCAAUGACUAUUAGGACAGUUAAUUGUAGAGCAAAAGAUUCCAGUUCUUCAUCAGAAGAAUCACAACAAAGUCAAAAAUGCAACAUGAAAAAAAAACAACAACAAGCCAUUCAACCACUGUAA